ACUUGUCAGAAAUAAGAUGGAAACCUGUUCGAUUUUCAGAAAUUCAAGCGCCCUUAAAACGGUGUUGGCUUUGUUUCUUCAGACGUGUCAUUUCUUAGGAACUGUGAAGUGCAUUGGGGUUUAUCUACCGGACCUGAAGCGGACAUUAGGACUAUCGUCAACUGAUAUUGGUCUUGCUAUUGGAUUAUUCGAAGCACUUUCAUUCGCUCCAGGUCCAGUAAUUGCGUACUUUUAUCGAAGAACCCAUGGCGUGUUCCGGCGAUGUCUUUUGGUGACAGGUGCAAUAUUUGCAACAGGAGGACUCCUUCUGGUAUCCAUUGUAACCAAUGGUAAAGAACUCGCUGUCUGCUUAUCAUUAUCUGGUCUUGGUUCCAGCAUCCUGUCAAUUUCAUUGGUAAUCAUUCUGAGCGAUCAGUCUGGAGAGGCCUUUGCAGUCUUCUACGGGAUUGGUAAAUCAGGUUACGCCAUUGGAAUGGCUCUAGUUCCCCCGAUCGCAGACUACCUGAUGAGGAUUUAUGGCUGGAGAGGGUCCCUGAUUAUAAUUGGGGGUAUCGUGGCGCACCUUAUACCUUUCGUUUUGAUGGUUGAUCUCGACGUAGAGGGCGUCGCACAGAAUGACUUUGGGCCCUUCGACACCGACGAUGAAGAAAUUGAGGACCAAUUUGAUAGGUCCGAAAAAGAAGCGCUUAUCUCCAGACCAAGUAACAAGGAAGAAACUCACAAUGAAGGAGGUAAAUCACAGGUUGGCGGUAUUUACGCUGAAAUAAAACCGGCAAAUAAUGAAAUCGGAUCAGAAAAUGAAAACGCAAGGUCAAGUGACAUCCAAGAGGUUACACCUGAAAAAUCAGCUACUGGUAAAAAAAUCACGGGCGUGUCUAAAAGGCAUAUUAUGUUAGAAAAAGGAUAUAAGCGAAAAUAUCUGAAUGAUUGUUCUAAUUGUUAUCGAAUCUUCACAGACUCCAUAUACAAUCAAGAUCGCUGGAUGAUUCUUCUUAUGCUGGUCACACUUGUAUUGUAUGUGGUGGACUCUAGUUGGUUUGCAUAUCUCAUCCCAUGUGCGAUUGCUCUUGAUAUUCCUAUAUCCCAGGUACUGUGCCUUCCCUACUCUGCGGGGGCUGGAAUAUUCGUAGCCCGAAUUUUAGGUGGAUUCCUCGAGAAGUCUAAGUUUUUAUCUGGCCAAUCCUCGUUUCUUUUCUUUACCUUACUCAACAUCUUAUCACUUUUGUGGAAUAUCUUCGCUCCAAGAUUUACUUUCAUGAUUGUGACUUCAUUCAUCUCGGCAUUCACGAUUUCCCAACGAAACCUUUUGUCGUUGGUCAUCUGUAAGGACAGGGCGCCUCGGGCGCAAUUCCCUAUGAUUCUGGCUUCUUAUGAGAUUGUUUGUGGAAUAGGACUUUUCCUCGGUUCCUUGUUAUGUGGAUAUGUCGCAGAUGUGAGGGGAUCUUUCAACGCUUCAUAUAUGUUCAUCGCAGGGGUAGAAGUCUUUGUAUUCUGUCUGAUGAUUCUAUCAAUAAUUGCCGAGAAGUUGAAGUAACCCACUGCGAACUAAACGAGAACCCCACAGAUACUUCACAAAGGUGUAUACUGGGAUAUACAUUUCAGGGUCAUCAAAAAGGAAGAAUAGAAACGCCGGCUGGAAAGUUCACCUGCAUAAAACAAUAACAGCUGUGCUGAUGUUGUGACAUUGAAAUAUCACAUAAGGACAAUAUUGCACAUUACCUCAUAACUAAAUUAUUAAACCGCUACAUUUUCAUGGUUAACUUUGCCAACAUCCUUGGACGAUCGUCAGGGGUAGAUUUACCAGACGAUAGUCAAGGGGAGAUCUACUAGAUGAUCGUCAGGGGGAGACCCACCAGACGAUCGUCAGGGGGAGACCCACCAGACGGUCGUCAGGGUUAGAUCCACCAGACGAUCAUCCGGGUUAGAUCCACCAGACGAUAGUCAGGGUUAGAUCCACCAGACGGUCAUCAGGGAUAGAUCCACCAGACGAUUGUCGCUUCCAGGGAAGGAAACAAGCAAGCUUUCGCACCACUAAAAAGAACGAAUUCUACAGUGCGUAUAAAACAAGUUUACACUUAGAAAAAAUCCUGUAAAAUCAUACAUUUGUAAUACCUUG